AAGCCAAUGGCGACUGUUGUUAUUGCGGUGGAGGCAUGUGAUGUGGGGGAAUUCCGCAGACUGGGUGCCGAUAUUCUUCUCGACAAACUACAAGUUGAGUUUUGCUCUCAUGGUUUUCACAGAUUAGACGCAGUUCUAAGAAAGCAAAAGGCUACUUCUAGCCCCAGAAACUUUGAAAAGCAAGCACGACUGUUUCGCUUAUACAAUAGAGGCAUACAUAGAAUAUAAAGUUCAGAACAAAACAAUGGAUGUGGGCAUGUCAGGACAGGUGAAACUACCAGAUGAAAAGCUUGCUGAAUCUGAAGACAAAGGUUUCAAAAAGAAGAACAGCUGCUGUUUCAGAGCAGUAGGGUGUAGGUUUAAGGGAGGGAAAUCAAAUAUUCAGCAACAUGAGACUGGUUGUGUUGGACAGCACCUUAAUCUUUUAAUGGAUGAAGUCAUGACGCUGAAUCAGAAAGGGAUUUCGGUCAAUCUUCAACCAGAUAUGUCAGCAAAUGUAAUGGAAUUUGACACCGAAGCUAGCAAAGUUCAGUCAAGGAUCGUAGACUUUCAGAAAGAGCAUCAAAUAAAUGAAGUUGGUAAAGAAAUGCAACAAUACUGCAAGCUCAUUGAAGAAACAAAACAGUGUGUCACAAUUGUUGAGACAAAAUUAACUGCAUUUCAUGAUACACUCACUGCAUUAUCAAGAAGGGUUGACACAUGCUCAAGAAUUGCUGCUACUGUAAAUGGACAAAUACAGCUCAAUAACCAACAGUUUAUUGAUGUCGAAGACAAGCUGACAAAUGUUGCAUCUAGAUUGUGUCAAGCAGAGCAAGUUAUACAAAAGACUGCAGCACAAAUAGUGACACUGGAAACAAUGACAGAGACAGGCAUAUUCACCUGGAAAAUUCCACAAAUUAAGCAAAGGUUGGAAGAAGCUAUUGAUGGAACAACACCUUACUUGGAUUCUAGUGAAUUUUACCUUUACAAAUAUGGGUAUAAGAUGUGUCUUCGAAUAUAUCUCAAUGGCCAUGGAGAAGCUCAAGGAUCAUAUAUUUCACUUUACUACAUUUUGCUCAAGGGACAGUAUGAUGCUUUGAUUCAGUGGCCUUUCAAAGAAAACAUGAAACUUGCUUUACUGAACCAGAGAGAUCGACAGCAGUCCAUUCUGAAGAUCUACGUUCCAAAUGAGCACGACUCAGCUUUACAGAGGCCUGGAGAAACUGUGAAUGCACCACAUGGCUUUGCCAUGUUUGUGACCUUGACUGAAUUCAACCAACGCUUCUCUGAGUUUGUGGCUGGUGAUGAAAUGUUUGUGGGUGCAGAAGCCAUCACAGUAGAUUGAUUAUUAAGUUAUAUAUUAAAAGGAGUCCAUGAUAUUGAUGUUAGGUGACACAAUUAGUACUUAUCACCACAUGGGUAAAAUUUGCUAUAUAAAGUAUGCGACUUUGCCACCUGCUCUUUUCUCACAACAGACUUGGAGAUCAAGAUAUAGUCACAGACAAAUAAGUGACAAGACAUUAACAAAGCAUUUUAGAUUGAACAAUUAUGUAUUUCAGGGUUUAAAAUGAGGAAGGUGUUCAUAAUAUAUUAUUGGUAUAACUCCUUCAGCUGGAAGAUCAACAGGUUUCGGACGGCCCAGAGAGCGUCUUUCACCGAGUUGAUGAUCCUCCAGGCACAGUUGAUGUUCAUCUCGGUGUGCGUCCCAGGGAACAGACUGUAGAGCACGGAGUCCCGCGUCACGGCGCUGCUCGGGAUGAACCUCGACAAACACCACUGCAUUCCUCUCCAGACGUCUUCUGCGUAGGCACAUUUCAGAAGGAGGUGUGUGACAGUCUCGUUCCCCCCUGCAGCCGCUUCGAGGGCAGCAUGCGGUGUGGCUGAGAGUCCGGGCAUGCAUAAAGGAUCUCACAGGCAGAGCCCUUCUCACCACCAGCCAAGCCAUGUCUUGGUGCUUGUUGGAAAGUUCUGGCGAUGAGGCAUUCUGCCAAAUGGCUUUGACAGUCUGCUCAGGGAACUGCUCGAUAGGAUCGGCCCUCUCCUUUUCCCGAAGGGUCUCAAGGACACUACGUGCUGACCACUUCCUGAUGGACUUGUGGUCAAAGGUGUUUUUCUUCAUAAACUUCUCCAUGAAGGACAGGUGAUAUGGAAUGGUCCAACUACUCGGAGCAUUCUGUAGAAGCAAGGCCAGGCCCAUCCUUUGCAACACCGGGGACAGGUAGAACCUCAGUACGUAGUGACACUUGGUGUUUGCAUACCAGGGAUCCACGCACAGCUUGAUGCAGCCACACACAAAGGUGGCCAUCAGGUUGAGGGUGGCAUUGGAUGUAUUUUUUCCCCUGUUGCCCAGAUCUUUGUACAGCGAGUCCCUUCAGACCUGGUCCAUCUUUGACCUCCAUAUAAACUGGAAGAUGACCCAGGUGACUGCAUCGGCACAGGUUCUGGGAAUAGGCCAGACCUUUGCCACGUAUAAUAGCAAUGACAGUGCCUCACACCUGAUGACCAGGUUUUUUCCCGCGAUGGAGAGCGACCAUAGCUUCCAUCUGCCCAGUUUCUGCUUCACUUUGCUGAUAUGCUCCUCCCAAGACUUGGCGCACGCCCCAGCCCCCCUGAACCAAAUACCCAGCACCCGGUCUUGACGGUGAAGGGGAUCGAGGAUUGGUCGGCCCAGUUCCCGAAGAGUAUAGCCUCGCUCUUGCCUUGAUUUAUCUUGGCCCCCGAGGCCCGUUCGAACUGGCCACAUAUGCACAUGAAUCUGCACACGGAUCAGAGCAUCCAUGUACAGGGAGGCCUUAACCUGUAGGCCCCCGCUGCCAGGAAUAGUCACCCCUCUCAGGCUCGCAUCCUUCCUGAUGGACUCGGCAAAUGGCUCUAUGCAGCACACAAACAAGGCAAGAGAGAGAAGGCAGCCCUGCCUGACUCCAGAUCUGACUGGGAAGCUAUCUGAUUCCCACCCAUUGAUUGAGACUGCACUGACUAUGUUGGUGUAGAGCAGUCUGAUCCAAUUGCAGAUUCCCUCCCCAAAGCCCAUUUUGGAGAAAACAUCUCUCAUAUACCGGUGUAAUAUCCUGUCAAAGGCUUUCUACAGGCUGAUCAGGCAGGUGACCAACCCUCUGUCCUGCACGUAGGCAAUCGUAUCCCUGAGGAGUGCGAGACUCUCAGCGAUCUUCCUGCCCAGUACAGCACAGGUUUGGUCAGGGUGAAUCACUGAUCCCAGAGCAGACCUGACCCAGUUGGCGAUUACCUUUGACAGAAUUUUGUAAUCCACAUUCAACAGUGAGAUUGAUCUCCAAUUUUUGAGUUCCUCCCUCUCCCCCUUCCGUUUGUAGAUGAGGGUGAUGAUGCCUUUCCUCAUGGAUUCACUCAUGGUACCUGCUCGAAGCGUACUGACAUACACCUCCAGCAGGUCCUGGCCAAUCAAGUCCCACAGAGCUCAAUCUGUGCUUCAUGUUUAGAGGAAGGAGAGGCUGUAGGAAGAGGGGAAAUUGGGUGAUGCAUGCUUUGGACAUUGCACAUCUGAUUCCCAGCUUUAGUUAACCCUUUUUGCAUUAAGCUGAGAAGCUAGUUCAAUAUCAGAUAUUCAAGCGUAAGAAAUACAGGAACAUUCUGUCUGUUUGAGAGUGCAUUAAUAAACCUAUGACAUUAUUUCAGUAAGACUAAACAGCUUUCCUGCCCAACACUUCCCUCAAGCACCAUCACCAGAAUGCAGAUUAGUUCUUCAUGACAAAACUGUCAUUGGGACUUUUUCGUGUGAGCAAUAUUUGCAAAAAAUAUUCAGUGCUCUUCAAAGUCAUUGCCUUUGCAUUGUUUUGGGUAGAAAUGAGAGCUGUGAUAAGGUGCCAUAUAAUGGAAGUCCCUGUUAUGAUGUAAUAUCACAGAAAUUGCAUGCUACAACUCUAUGCCAACAUGUCACAGAAAGACUUCUGGAAAAUGAGACCUUUGUUCUCUGCUGAUUUACUUCAGGAGAGAUAGAGAAGGUUGAUCAGGCUUAGGUUUGUCAUUCUUAUUGUUUUCUUUAUCACAUUGUUCUCAUCUUGAUGUCAACAGCAACUUUUAACUGUCUGAAGAAUAAUUCUCUAAAAGCUAUAAAAGAAAAUGUUUUCCAAACGAGGUAGCAUUUUAAC